UACAAAUACUUAACAUCAUUUUGAUCAUAUUCCCAGCUUGCAAUUUUGGAGACAUAAUGAAAAUAGACACAACUGGAGCAUCAGAGAUAACAGCAAAACAGGAAAAAUUUACUAUAAAAGGUAUGAAUAUUUUAUUGUGUACGUGUUAUUUUUGUGCCAUGUACCAAUAUUUGAAAUAUAUGCACUCUAUUCAGUUAACUGUAUGUUAUCAAUGAUUUAUUUGUGUCAAAGGUGUUGAAGCCUCUAAAAAACUGGCUGAGAAUGAUCUGACCCAAAUGGAGAAAUACAAGAGUAAAAUUAUUAAAGUUGGCAAAGCAAAGCAAAUGGACCCAGCUGUGAUCGCUGCCAUCAUAUCCAGAGAGUCCAGAGCUGGGGCUGCACUGAAGGAUGGGUGGGGUGAUAAUGGCAAUGGUUUCGGCCUCAUGCAGAUUGAUAAACGCUACCACACUUCAGUAGGUGCAUGGGACAGUGAGCAGCAUCUCACACAAGCAACAGAGAUCCUCAUUGAUAAUUGUCAAGCAGUUAAAGCAAAAUUUCCAAAGUGGUCCCCAGAGCAGCAGCUUAAAGGAGGAAUAUCAGCUUACAAUGCAGGUGUGAAGAAUGUCCGUUCAUACGAGUAUAUGGAUUUGGGCACCACAGGAGAUGAUUAUGGGAAUGAUGUUGUUGCCAGAGCCCAGUGGGACCCAAUGACCAAACAUGAUUUAAUCAAGGAGGUAUAUCCAACCAAUCACAUAUCAGUAUAGUCAGUAUCACUUCAUCAAUGGCUGCAGAACAAACAAAGGGUAAGGAAAAGCUUUUUGCAUUUGCAAGUUUGACAUUAAGCUGAUUUAUGUUUUAUUGUUCCCAGCAUGUGACUUAUGCUAACAUGUUAAAAUAAUAAAUGAAG